GGCCCGGGCGGGCGGCCGGUGGCCGGCGCGAGGCUCCUCCCCGGCGGAGUCGCUCGGCGCGGAGGAAGCGGAGGCGGUGGCAGCGCGGAGACCUCGCCGCGCUCAUGGCGUCGCCCGGGAUAGAAGUGGAAUUACUGGUCAAAGGACAUUCAGAUUUGGGAGAAGUGGCCCCAGAAAUAAAAGCAUCUGAGAGACGAACAGCUGUGGCCAUUGCAGAUUUGGAAUGGAGAGAAAUGGAAGGAGAUGAUUGCGAGUUUCAUUAUGGAGAUGGUACGAAUGAGGCUCAAGACGGUGACUUUCCAGCAGUGGAGAGGAGCAGACUGCAAGAAAUGCUGUCGCUUUUGGGACUAGAGACUUACCAGCUCCAGAAACUCAGCCUCCAGGACUCCCUGCAGAUUAGUAGUGACAGCAUGAAGAACUGGGCUCCUCAGGUUCCCAAAGACUUGCCCUGGAAUUUCCUCAGGAAGCUGCAGGCCCUCAAUGCUGAAGCUAGGAACACUACCAUGGUGCUGGACGUGCCCCCAGAUGCCAGGCCUGUGGAGAAGGAGAGCCAGAUGGAAGAGGAGAUUAUUUACUGGGACACGGCUGAUGACAUCUCUGCGGACAUCUAUUCCUUCUCUGAGCUGCCAACCCCCGACACACCUGUGAACCCCUUGGAUCUUCUCUGUGCCCUUCUGCUUUCCUCCGAUAGUUUCCUGCAACAAGAAAUCGUGGUAAAGAUGUCCCUCUGCCAGUUUGCACUCCCUCUCGUUUUGCCCGACUCAGAGAACCACUACCACACAUUUCUGCUGUGGGCCAUGAGGGGCAUUGUGCGGACCUGGUGGUCACAGCCCCCCAGGGGGGUGGGCAGCUUCAGAGAAGACAGCGUGGUCCUGUUCCGGGCGCCCGCCUUUGCCUUCGUGCGCAUGGAGGUCAGCAGCAACUCCAAGUCGCAGCUUCUCAACGCCGUGCUCAGCCCGGGCCACCGGCAGCGGGACUGCUUCUGGCAUCGAGAUCUGAACUUGGGCACAAACCCUCGGGAGAUUGCAGACGGGCUGGUGGAAAUUUCCUGGUUUCUUCCCAGUGGCAGGGAAGACUUGGACAUUUUCCCAGAGCCGGUGGCCUUUCUGAACCUGAGAGGCGACAUUGGGUCUCACUGGCUGCAGUUUAAGCUCUUGACAGAAAUCUCCUCAGCGGUGUUCAUCUUGACUGACAACAUCAGUAAGAAGGAGUACAAACUGCUGUACUCCAUGAAGGGGUCGGCCACGAAAUACUACUUCAUCCUGAGUCCCUACCGUGGGAAACGAAACACAAAUCUGAGAUUCCUAAACAAGUUAAUUCCUGUGCUGAAGAUGGACCACUCGCACGUCCUCGUGAAGGUCAGCAGCACGGACAGCGCGAGCUUUGUGCGGAGGGUCCGCUCCAUCGUGGCCCACGUGGCCCGGUCCCCCUGCAGGAGGUUGUCUUUGGAGGAAAUGGCGAAUGCAGCCCGCAAGCUGGGGCUGAAGGUCGAUGAGGACUGCGAGGAGUGUCAGCGAGCGAAAGACCGGAUGGAGCGGAUCACCAGGAAAAUCAAAGACUUGGAUGCCUACCGAAGGGAUGAGCUGAGGCUGCAGGGGGAUCCUUGGAGAAAGGCGGCCCAGGUGGAGAAGGAGCUCUGCCAGGUGCAGUGGGCUGGGGACCCUCCUGAGAAGCACAGGGCUGAGCUGCGGCAUCGUUUACUGGAACUUCGAAUGCAGCAGAAUGGCCAUGACCCUGCCUGGGGGGUGCAGGAGUUCAUCACGGGUGUCAGCAGCCCCUCCCUGGGCGAGAAGCAGUACUUCCUGAGGUGGAUGGAGUGGGGGCUGGCCCGGGUGGCCCAGCCAAGGCUGAGACAGCCUCCGGAGACAAUUCUUACCCUGAGACCAAAACACUGUGGGGCCGUGGACUUCAGUGAGGCGCUCUGGCCUGAGCCCCUGGGGGUGGAGCACUUCCUGCGGGAGAUGGGACAGUUUUACGAGGCAGAAAGCUGCCUUGUGGAGGCAGGGAAGCUGCCAGCAGGCCAGAGGCGAUUUGCCCACUUCCCAGGCCUGGCCUUGGAGCUGCUGCUGAGAGGGCUCCCCCUGGAGCUGAUCGAUGGGAGCACGCUGAGCACUCCCCUGCGCUGGGUCACGGGGCUCCUGAAGGAGCUGCACAUCCGCCUGGAGAGACGGUCGCGGCUGGUGGUCCUGUCGGCACUGGGUGUGCCAGGCACGGGCAAGUCCACCCUUCUCAACACCAUGUUCGGGCUGCGGUUUGCCACAGGGAGGGGCUGUGGUCCUCGAGGGGCCUUUAUGCAGCUCAUCACGGUGGCCGAGAGCUUCAGCCAGGACCUGGGCUGUGACCACAUCCUGGUGAUAGACUCAGGGGGCUUGAUAGGGGGCACCCUGACCGCGGCUGGGGAGAGGUUUGAGCUGGAGGCUUCCCUGGCCACUUUGAUUAUGGGGCUGAGCAAUGUCACCGUGGUCAGUUUAGCUGAAACAAGGGACAUUCCGCCAGCUAUUCUGCAUGCAUUUCUGAGGUUGGAAAAAACGGGGCACAUGCCCAACUAUCAGUUUGUAUACCAGAACCUUCAUGAGGUGUCUGCCCCUGGCCCUAAGCCAAGAGAGAGGAGGCAGCUCCUGGAUCAGCCCAGUGACGUGAGCAGAGCUGCAGCACAAAUGGAGAAACAGGGCGAUGGCAUCCGGACGCUGGCUGACCUGGCCUUUUGUGACCCUGAGAGGCAGCACAUUUGGCACAUCCCUGGCCUGUGGCACGGAGUGCCUCCCAUGGCUGCUGUGAGCUUGGGGUACAGCGAAGCCAUUUUUGAACUGAAGAGAUGCCUGCUAGAAAACAUCAGGAAUGGCCUGUCCAACCAAAACAAAAACAUUCAGCAGCUCAUUGAGCUGGUGAGACGGCUGUGAGUGUCGAGAGAACAGAGGUUCAGCUGCCGGAGGCCUGCUGUGGGCGGCCUGCUCUGAUGGGGUGCCUGCGAGGGGCUGGGCCUGGCCCCUCAGGGGCGCUGGUGCCCCACCCACACGAGAAGAGAGCUCUGGAGUUUCCUAAACAGUGUUAAGAAAGGAAGUCACCUCACAGACCAGCUCCGAGAUGCUCUCGGGAGCGUUAGGGGCCCUGGGCUAGGGGUGGAGACACAGCAAGAAUUUGUCCUCUGUCUCUGAGCUCCUUUCCUGGCCCCUGGGGGUUCGGCCUCUUGGGCAGCUGCCCUCUUCCAUCUGCCCCUGGAGCGGAGAGCAGCUCCGCAUCACUGCAGCCCGGGCAGACAGGUGCCCUGAGGAAGCAGAGGGAGGCCUUUCCUCUGGCGAACCCCAGCCUCGGUGGCUCGAUGCUGCCAUUCAGUGAGGGCCCGCGGAGCGCAGGGCUGCCGGGGCACUCUAUUUAUUGACUGACCUGUGAAGCCUUCCCUGCCCGCCCCAGGAAGAGUUCCUGCUCGCUCUGUCGCGCCCCACAGCACUCUGUUUACACCUCUGCCACAACACUCAGUGCAGGUGACUUACCUGUUCACGCCUGCCCCUCCCCUAGGCUGUGCGCUCCCUGAGGGCAGGGGCUGGAUAUUACCCAGCUUUGUACCCCCAGGGCCUGGCACACUGUAGGCGCUUAAUAAAUGUGUGUUGAAUGAAUGAAAUUAAUGCAUGCACAAAUGAUGGUAAUGGGAAGGUUCCUCUCUGUGCCUUAAUUCUCCUGUUUCCUGAAGAGGAUCAGUGUCAGUCUGAGGAGCAUGCAAAACAGAAUGUCUGAAAUGUUGGACACCUGAGAGAAGGGCCUGAAAAGGCCUUGCUGUUCCUCUCUAAGUGGAGAUCCAUUGCUCAGGCUGUUGCUGGGAAACUGAACCAACUGUCUUGGCAGUAAGUCUGAGGUCUCUCCACCAUCAUCCCGUUUGAUGGAUGAGGAGAGGUGGCCUGGAGCAGUUCAGCAGCACAGCCCAGCCACACAGAGGUAUUGAGGCACCGACGGGUAAGCCAGUGCUCUCAGCCCUACACCUCUGCUUCCUGACCGCUCAUCUUCCCCAGACUCCCACGCUGCCGGGCUCACCCCCAGCCUGGCCCCUCAGUGUUAGCCCUUCGUCUCACUUCCAUGUCUCUGGAGCCAGGCAUCCUCCCUCAUAUCCCUGGCCCAUUUGCCACCUUUCAAGCUGGAAUGUAGGGCUCCUCCGCUCUCGAUUCUUUAGCAGGAAGCUUUCCCUGUGCUCGCCCUUCCCAAGGAUCAGGGUCACCUCGCUGAGCCUCUGACCCAAACCCCCGCUGUGUCAUGAGCUCCGGGAAUCUCUGCUUAGGCUUGGGGCUUCCUUCCCUCUGUAUUUUGUGACUUCAGGGAAACUAGGCCCCCAGGUGGCAACCAGGUCCUCCUCUGUGUUCCUUGUACUCCUUUGGCCAGACGCAGCAAGGGAGCCCUCGGGACUGGAACCCUUUCUUGAACAGCAGACUCACUGGUCCCUUUUCUGGAGUCCCAGGACGCUACCCCUGCUGCUCCCUUGGUGUUAAAAAUGUUUCCCCUGCAUUCUGGUAACCAGCAUCUAGACGUGUGAAACCGAGGCUGGAAGCAGUUUAUAUUUUGCUAAUAAAUUUAGGAAAACCUUUUCCCUUCUGAAACUCAAAAAGAAUCUCUAAUCUUCAGGCCCUAGAAACUCAUCUCUUCCUGGAUCGUAAAUAACAACAAAUUUUAAGAUGUUGGUUCCCCUGGAAAUACCAAAACCGUGUCUUCUUCCUCCCUCUAGAGUCAUGGAACCUACCAGGUGCUUCUCCAGCACUGUAGGGAUUUCACCCAGGACACUCCUGGGCCCUGCGUCCAGGCACUGGAAACUCUCUUAGAAUUGUUGAAUGUCAACCAGUUCCCUUAAAAAUGGAUUCUAUUAUUCCUGAAAUCUGAAACAGGGAAGGCAGCCCUCUUGGUUCCUUAUUAAUCAAAGAGUCUUUACCCUGGGUCUAUACAUCGUGCAAAGAUAAGCUUCAGUCACUGAAUUCCUGAAAAUUAGGUGUGUGCUUUUUUUUUUUUUUUCCUGGGGAAAGAGUUCAUAGCUUUCAAAGAUUUUCAAAAGGAUGCAGGAUCCAAAAUAGAUUAAUAACUGCUUAGUAACCAGGAAAAUUAUUCUGUACAUCCCCGGGACCUAAGAUACUAUGAAAUUACAUCAUUUGCCCACAGUAUUUAAACUUUUGAAAACAGACCAAUCUAAAGACCGGAUGUAACAGACUUUGAGCAAGAGGUUGCCCUGGGUAGGACCACUGUGGAGGACACGCAGUCAAGCAGCCAAGGAAUUCUGGAACUGCCUGAGCAGUGUCGAAAGACCAUCACCUCUCAGGUAUAGGCUGCCCUGGAGCGGAGUCAUUUUUCCAGAAAGAGUCAGUUAUGAUGCUCCCUUCAUCCUUGUUUAGGGGUUGAUGUUUCAAUUCCAUGACCUGCUAAAGGGGUUCAUCUUCAGAUCCUGAAGUCAGUGCCACUGUUGUGAUUCAAAUUUCCACAAUAUUCUGUUCUUGCCUAGCCGCCCUGGAGCUCAAAACACAGCAUCAGUGUGCCCCACCAUUUCUGGGUUCACCACGGCCAGAGGGCCCCCCAAGCAUCAGACCUGAAGACAUCUUCAUGGUCUGAGAGGCCCCAGAACUUGCCAAGUAAUGUCCUUGGAGCCAAGCUUAGUGAUGCGAGAGCCACUCAGACAUGGAAAGGUGGACAGUGCUGCUUGCAGGGGACCUGUGUACUUUGGUGAAAGCAUGAACCAUGUCAGUGAUCUUGGAGUAAAUGGGCCUGGGAGUCUUUGAGACCAAGCACAAGAGUGCCUGCACUUCUCCUGGGAGAGGGGCAGUAGCUUGCCUCAGCCAGCAUGCAGGAUGCUGGCCUGGGUCUGAACCUUGGCCUUGCUUCCUGCUAAUACCGUGGGCCUUGAGCACCAUCACUCCACUUUGCUAGGCCUUAGUCCCCCUACUAGCACCUGCUCUGUGGUGAGUGCACAAAGGCUGGUUUUGGAGGAGCCGGUCUGGGCAUGUAGCAAGGCACCAGAAGCCGUGUCUACACCAGUCUGCAUGAGGCUCCUGCAAAGGAAACUCCCUGCUUUCUACAUCAAUCUCAAACAUUUUAACAUGCCAAACAGGAUUUAUCUUGUAAUCAAUCAGUGGUAUUUUAAAAUUAAUUUGCAGCCAUUUCUCUUCUUUAAUGGUAUAUAAAGCAGUGUCUUGUAAUCAGUGUUAUCUUAGAUUUACUGAAACACAGCACCUAGAAGAGCUGGUGUUGAGAAAUCUGUACCAAUCUAAACCUGAUGUGGUAGCUCUCCCCAGCUCCUCAGAUGUGAAUUAGCCCAGUAAAGAAAAAUCCUUUUUUCUUCUGAGUCAGUAAUUAAAAAAAUGAUUUUGGCUGUAAAUCUAUCCUGAGUUCCUAAGACUUCAACAAAAUUACAUCAGAUGCGGUUUUGCAAGCACCAGUGAGACAGGACUGCAGAAGAGAGCCAAGGUCAUCUUGAUCCUGGUUCUGGCAACUUCCCACCCCUCACCCCAUAGCACCCACACUCUGGACUCGCUGGCUUCACUCAUGCCAUCUGCCUGGGGCCUCCUGCCACCUGUCCUUGUUCCUGGCUGACUCUGGCAAGCGCUUCUCCCUCAGGACGGCUUCUGAUGGCAGCCCACCUCCAUUCUGCCGCCUGAGGGGGUCAGGGGCCUUUGUGUGCUCCUGUUAUGGUCCUUAUCUUAACCUAAUUUCACUUGUCUGCUUUUCUGCCCUCCCCGUCUGAGCUCCCUACGGAAGGCAUGGCAUCUCGCCCAUUUUUGUGUCCAAAUCUAGCACGGUGUCUGAGACCCAGGGAGUGAGGUCUCAACUGCCGGCACACAUGAGGCCCAUUCCUCGCCACCUACCCAAAGCUGUGGAGCUCUGACUUUUAGCCCAGGGCCCCCGUGUGGCGCAGGGUGUUUCUAAUGGGUUCCUCGGUGCCCCAAACUGAAGUCAGUAAUUACAGUUGGGACCUAACCCAGUGAACCUACCCCUUCUUCCUGUGCGUCAACAGAGGAGGGGGCGGGAGAACAGAGCAGGAGCUCAGAGGGAGACAUGGGAGUAGACCCCGCUGGCUACCUGUUUGAGAAAGAGGACGAAUCAAGACUCUUGCUUUAACUCGGUUUCAGUGGACGGUUGACCUAGUUCCCAGAAUAGAGCUGACAGCCUCUGGGGUUCUUCUUGGUGAACAGGUUGGUUAUUGGGAGAAAACUGCCAGGAGUAAUGUAGAAGCCAUAGGUUUACAAAAUGUAAAGUGUCAGCAGUUCCGAGUUAGGGGAGGUCAGUCUUGUGAGGAGAACCAUCAAGAGUGGGGUUGUCUCCGCCAGCCCCGCAGCCAACAAGAAGGCAGACGUCUCCAGCUGGGGUGCCCCUCCCGGAGGCUAGAUUUUGGUGAGUUCUAGGAAAUAAACACCAUGUCCCAGGCUGGACUGUGCUCUGCAAGUCCAAGUGGGCCCAGUCUGCCUCUCCUACAGUGUUGCCCCACAGCCCGGCCAGUGCUGUGUCCUGAUACAGCUGAGCCCUUGGCCUGCACUGGACCCAGCAGACAGUCUCAGAGAAGUCCAGACCACCCAGCAGGCCCCUCCUCUGCCUUGUGCCCCAAGAGAGGCGGGCCUGGACUAAGGGCGCUCCCCCCAGAGUGAGAGCUGUCAUGGUCUUGUAGGACCUGUGGUAGAAAAGGGGAGUAAGGAUCAUCCAACAGCCCUCUCCCCAAAAAGGAUCUCUACCAAUCAGUUCUGGGAGUUUCCCACAAGCCUUGGAGUUUAGGACACUGCUUCUCAACACUGGCUGCACAUCGGGAUCAUCUAAGGAGCACUGAAAGAGCACACGUACCACCUCUCCGUACUUGUGGUUUGGGGCCCAGAGGACUCCAACGUGCAACCAGAGUUGAGAACAUAAAAGCGACUCUGGUUAUCAUAGAGCAAACAUGAAAAACAGAGGUGAAGAAACAGUUGUACCUCCCCAUCUCCCCAGGACUCUGGUCCGGACCUCCCAGCAGGGGUGCAGGUGGGCCCUUCGUGUGGGUCACUUGUUUCUAGAUGUGGCUGCUCCAUAUCCAGGAAGUCCGCAGGGCCAGUCCUGAGCGGUCUGCGCCCAGCCACAGAAAGGCAGGCCAUUCCCCCAUCCUACAUGGUUCUGAACGCUCAUCCCCACCCACUGAUGCAGUGGAACCCCAGAGGCGGAACGAGCACAUGCUUUGGAACGGGAAGGCUUGCUGCCUUUUGCUAGUUCUGUCACCUCAGGUGAGUGUCUGAGCCUCCAUCUUGUGAUCUGCAAACCCUGGACAAUACUGCUUCCUUUCCAGCACUCAUGGGAGAAGCAAAGUGCCAGAACACUAACAAAUGGAAAUUUCAGAUAAAUAAAACAUCCCAUUAAAGUUUUUCCACUGGCGAUUUAAAACAAUGUAACAAUAUAUACGACUAUAUUAAAAUGCUGCGUUAAGUUCUUUUAAUCACGCAAA